AUGCGAGUUAUUUCCGUCCUAUCGUUGCUGCUCGCAGCAGCCACAAACCUCUGUCAAGCCGAAUAUGACUCACGAAAAUACCAUCAAUUCGACAAUGGUACCUGGAUCGAAGAUAUCGCCGGCUACGGAGCCUCCUGGUAUGUCAAGUUCAGCCGCUACGAUCGGCCAAUCGUCUACCAAGUCGACACGGCGCAUCAACACGGACCCCCCCAGCCGCUAUAUACCUUCCCUGACUCUAUCGGGCUGACCGGUAUCACGGAACUCGGAUACGAGCGUUAUGCCAUACUUGCCCGGACCAAAGUGAACGGCCACGACGCAAGCUCCCUCUGGACGCUGAGUAACAACGGCAGUGCCCCUCAGGCUGUCAAACUCAUCGAGAAAAUCGGAAACGGCGGCACACUCAACGGUCUCACUACCCUUUCUUCCACCGUCGUUCUGGCAUCGAAUACCCUCGCAGGGGUAGUCUACAGACUAGACCUCCAGACACGCACCGUAAAGGUCGUCCUCAAAGACCCAACUAUGGCUAAGGGUAUUAACGGUGUCCGCUACCGUGCGCCAUAUCUCUACUACACCAACUCCGUUCAGGGUCUCUUUGCGCGCAUUCCGAUCGAUCCCAUCACUGCAGAGCCAACGGGUAAAGCACAGGUGGUAUCCAAAGGGGCCUCGUUGGUCGGCGCGGAUAGUUUUACGCUAGCACACUGGUCGGACGACGCCUUUGUGGCGAACUUUCAACGGAAUACGGUUGUCAGAGUUAAUACCACAGCGAAAGCGGCCGAGGUGGUUGUCAGGAAUAUCCCGGCGCCAUGCUCUGCAGCGUUUGGCUCGUCAGGGGGGUUGUACGUAGUGACUAGUGGGACGGGAUCAGAUGGAGGGGCGAGUGUAUGGUCUGUUUCGGUUCCAGAUGAGCGAUUUUCUUAG